UUCCAUGCCUAGUGUAGGUAGUUAUUUGUUUCCUAAUUGCUGAGAGAGUCAGUAAUAGUCAAUUUGUUGCAUUUACAGAAAAAAUUAUUAUGUAUAUGUUUAUAUUUAGGACGUAUUCCCACCUUGUGACACACCUUUACCAUGGUGCUCUCCUGAUUUUGUUUCAAGUUAUCAUGCAUUUUUUAUGUGCAUUUUUCUUAUUCAUUUUGCAGAAUUUGUAACUUGUAUUCAACCCUUUUAAUAUGGUUUCAUUUGUUCUGAUCCUUUUGUCCCUGCUGAUUCAUCUAGAAUGGCACAAAAGACUCAAUCAGCAAGCUAGUGUCAGACUUAAACAGUGCAAAAUUGGAACCUGAUGUUGUAUCUUAUGUGCAUGUUGAAGAUCGACUGAAGAUGGCGAUGAGCGUGAGAGGAGAGAUGGAGAAGCUGAGCGUGGAGCAGUUGAAGGCAGUGAAAGAGCAAACUGAUCUGGAGGUCAAUCUUCUCCAGGACUCUCUCAACAACAUCCGCACCGCCACCACCCGCCUCGAGCUCGCCUCCUCCGCCCUCCACGACCUCUCCCUCCGACCCACAGGCAAAAAGAUGCUCGUCCCUCUUACCGCCUCCCUUUACGUCCCCGGAACUCUCCAGGACCCCGACCAGGUCCUCGUCGACGUUGGCACCGGCUACUUCAUCGAGAAGAACAUGCCUCAAGCCAAAGACUACUGCGACCGCAAGAUCAAUCUCCUCAAGUCCAAUUUCAAACAACUCGUUGAGGUUGCUUCUAAGAAGAAAAGCAUAUCUGAUGAAGCUGGGUUAGUUUUGCAAGCAAAACUGAAGCAGAUGGUCUCCUACAGCACAGUAGGAGACAAGGACUUUUAA